AUGCUGUUCUCUCUCCUUCUGUCGUCUCUUCCUCUUCUCACCUCCGCCGCCCUCACCUAUAAGGGCGCGGAUAUUUCGUCCCUGCUGGUGGAGGAGAAGGAAGGAGUUGCCUACAAGAAUCUCAACGGCGAGACGCAGGCCUUGGAGAAGAUCCUUGCCGAUAAUGGAGUCAACUCGAUUCGACAGCGUCUGUGGGUGAACCCCAGCGAUGGCAACUACGACUUGGACUACAACAUCGAGCUUGCCAAGCGAGUCAAGGCGGCUGGGAUGUCGAUUUACCUGGACUUGCACUACAGCGACACAUGGGCCGAUCCUCAGAACCAGGACGCACCCUCCGGAUGGUCCACCACGGACAUGGACACGCUCUCAUGGCAAGUGUACAACUACACGCUGGAGGUAUGCAACACGUUUGCGGACAACGACAUCGAUCUCGAGAUCGUGUCGAUCGGCAACGAGAUCCGCAACGGACUGCUGUGGCCGCUGGGCGGAACCAGCAGCUACGACAACAUCGCACAGCUGCUGCACUCGGGCGCCUGGGGCGUCAAGGACUCGAACCAGGCGACGACGCCCAAGAUCAUGCUCCACCUCGACAACGGCUGGGACUGGGGCUCCCAGAAGUACUUCUACGACACGGUGCUGGACGCCGGCACGCUCACCUCGUCGGACUUUGACCUCAUCGGCGUGUCGUACUAUCCCUUCUACAACGAGGAUGCCACCCUGUCGUCCCUGAAGACCAGUCUGAGCAACCUGCAGUCGACCUACUCCAAGUCCGUGGUGGUGGUCGAGACCAACUGGCCCGAGUCCUGCCCCAACCCGGAGGAGGCCUUCCCGUCCGACCUGACCUCGAUUCCCUUCUCCGUGGACGGCCAGAAGACGUUCGUGCAGAAGGUGGCCGAUACCGUGGCGGGUAUCAGCGGGGGAGCUGGUUUGUACUAUUGGGAGCCGGGGUGGGUGGACAACGCGGGAUUGGGAUCCAGCUGCCACGAUAACCUGCUGGUGGACUACGACAACGACCAGGUGCGUGAGAGCGUGACGGUGUUUGGCGACAUCUAG